CCAUGACGCAUUUAGGAAUUUCUCUAAAUCUACAGAAUAUUUUUGCUUGGUGAACAUUACGAUUACAAUAUUUUCUGUGGCUGAAACAGCGACGUAUUGAUUCUCACUAUUGGCAGCCUCUUGCUUUCGGCAUUGUGGAAGCCUGAAGGUUAUUCAAAGUGUGCAAAGGAGUAGAAGGAAGCACACCGCCCGCGGGGACGGACCGGCUGACGGACGAAUGGAUCCUCGGAUGAUUUCCGAAUUUUGGUUCGGGGUUUUUGACGUGCAAGUACAAUGAAGCUCAUCCUAGUGGGCCUGGACGGAGCAGGAAAGACGGCCAUCUUGUACACCUUGAAGUGGAAUUUUCCUCUCACCACUGGACUUACAUCCACGCUAGGAUAUAAUGUCGAAGAAGUCUCAUUCAACGGCAUAGCCUUUGAAAUGUGGGAUCUCGGCGGCGAACACCAAACAAGAGCAAUAUGGAGGCAAUACUUUAAGGAUACGCAGGGAAUAAUCUUCGUGGUCGAUUCUAGCUGCAGAGAACGUUUCAGUGAAGCAAAGGAAGAGAUAGAACGACUGAUGAAGUACGAAGCUCUUCAGGCCCUGCCCUUGUGUACAAUGGCACACAAACAGGACCUCCCCGGGGCUCUAUCCCCUGAGGAAGUGACGCAGCUACUCUCUCUCACAGACAUCAGGGAUAGGAAGUGGACGGCCAUUCCUUCAAGCGUAACGGCGUCAGGAAGCACCGGACUUCAAGAAGCUCUGCAAUGGUUUUCUGCUCUGUCGUGACCUGCUGGUCGCACAACCUACUCAUGAAAAUGUCUGUACAUGUAGCUUGACACUUACAAAGAUCACAUAAAAUUUGAGUUUGUGUUGGUGGUUUAUGUAUAAACACGCAUAAAAUAAGCGUGCUUGUGAAUGUACAGGGGGACUUUUCAGUGUUUAGCGUACAACGUAACGAGCAUAAAAAAGUUUGCGUUUAUGUAUAUGCCAGGUUGGUACGUAAAAACGGGAGUUUUUCUGUAUCAUGAGGGUAGUUUGCUUCCUCUAGCACGGCAAAUUGAAAAAAAUGCAUCCUUCCUAGACUUAGCAGAUGUAUAUUAUAUGUGCGACUUUAAAGAGUACAGUAUGCCAUUAAUGAAUACGUCCUGAAUGACAUUGUAAGCCUAUCUAACUGCGGUAAUAUAAUUUAAGUUUUUGAUCUAUUUUCUGAAUGUUAAAUGAUUGUACUAUUGCUUCCAUAGUAGUUGGAUUUGUUUUUAUAUGCAAUGAGUCAAAGUUGAGAUUUUACGUUCACCGCAAGCGCAAUCGGAGUUUUGUCAAGAAGAAUUUUUAUUUGACUAAGUGUGUCUGUGAUCCAUUAAAACUAAACACAAAAAUGCCGCCACCCAAUGUCAGCAUGGAAUUAUGUUGCAAGGCCAGGGUUCAGCAAAGCAGGUGAUGGCUAUAUGGACAGAAACGAUGUGUCUGUACAUAAAAAAUAUAAUAUUGGAGGUAGAAAAUAGAACCUAAGUUUCUAAAUAUGCCGCAAAUUAUUCAGAUCUAUUUAUCUAGUGCAAAGCAAAUAUUGCUCUUGUUGCAGUAUAUGAUGCAAAUAAACGUGUUU